AUGGGGAAUCAAAUGCAGAAGAGUAUCUCAAACACGAGGAAUCAAAAGCAGACAAGUUUCACGUUUGAGAUAGAUAACUUCUCGGAGAAGAAAGCUGCGAUAUCGUCUUCUUUAUUCGGCUGCGGCGGAUGCGAAUGGUAUGUUACCGUUUAUCCCAAGGGAUACUAUUGUCGUGAUCACUUGGCUGUGAUCUUGAAUGUUGCUAGUCCUAAAUCAUUGAGAACUGGAUGGAAAAGAAAAGUUAGUCCUUGCUUCGUUUUGUUGAAUCAGUCCGGCAAAGAGCUCCAAAUAUUAAGUACAUCUGAAGAAGAAGGCAGCUUGUUCUGUGAUAAGGUCCCAUCCUGGGGUUAUCACAAAGUAUUGCCUCUUAGCAAGCUUACAGAAGAAGAGUUUUUAGAGAAUGACAAAUUGAUCAUUAAAGUGGAAGUAAAAUUAGUUGAAGCUGUUCAUGAAGAAGAGGUAACUGGGAAGGGGAUGUAUAGUCUCAAUGGUUUCCAGAUUCUUUAUACUCAGGUUCUUUUAGUGAGCAAGAUUUUCGCAAGGCACCCGGACAUUGCAGUAGAUUUCAAACCAAAGAGCCAAGUAGUGAAGACAGCAUACAUGAAUGUCCUCCUUGGCCUCAUCGAGACACUGCGCAAGCCUCCACAGAGCUUCUCUGAGACUGAGCUAAGCAACGCUUACAGCAAGUUGAGAGAGCUAACAGAAGCAGGCUUCAAGCUGGAUUGGUUAUAG